UCUGAAGAAACUUCUGAACCGGCUUCAGAAAGACCAUCGGGAGGACGUCUACCUGUACAUCUCUGGACACCUGAACCCCAACAAGCUCUACCGGCCUCCCGACACAGUCUUACAGCACUGGCCCAAUGCCAACCGGCCCAGGAAGCAGCGUGUCUCUGGGGUGGGAGAGCCGCCUGCAGGACGGGUGGCGAGGAUGAAGGAGGCCCUGGCCCGCUUCACCAUACACACGGCGCUGGUCCCCAGCGAUGCCCAGGACACGCCAUUGUUCAGAAGGAAGUGCUUGCCAAGCAAGAUCUCCUGGAAAAUGACUUCACUGGGAGCAAGGUGGCCAAGGGCCAUGAGAGAAAGCUGCAGCAGGAGCUCCAGAAAAUUUGCACAUGCAGCCCUCAGCAGUUCAACAGACUAUACGUCUUUGGAAAAGUCUUUGAAGAUAUUUGUAAGAGUUCUUUGGUAUUUGGUGAUCUCUUGAAAGAAGUUAAGGAUGAAUACGAACUCUACAUGGCGACGCUCCUGGAGUCCCAGCCCCCAGCACAGUACGAGGCUCUUCUGGCUCAACUCAAGGGGCUGGAGCAGAGGCCAGUGAAGACGGCAGACGUGGAUCUCGCCAGGGAAGAGCUGAGGAUGCUCGUGAAAGCCAUAAAAGCAGCCCUGGAGCGUAAUGACAGACUCAGGAGUGAACUGGCGAUAGAGCGGGCGUUGCUGCAAUCUGCAAAGAAACGAUCAGAAUCAUCUAAGAAACAUAUAAUUGAUGAGAACCAACUUACUCUUAUUGAGAAGGUUGAAAAGAAGAGAUGUGAAAUACUCAAUAAGUGGGAUGAGAUACAAGCUCUGGAAAAAGAAAUUAAAACAACUUUGGUUCAUACUGGAGUUUCAGGUAUCACUGAAAAUAGGAUUAAAAGCAUAGAGCAAGAAGUUAUAAAAUUUGAAACAGAAAAUACAAUUUUAAAGAAGAAAAUAAAAGUAAGUUUUUUUGUGAAUCAAUGUUUAUCAAUAAAAAUAUUUCCUCUAGUGCCUGCCUGUCCUAUGUAA